GCUGCAUAGUCCGAUCGAACCCGUUUACCCACCAGAAAACCAGACCCAGUUCGCCAUGGCUUACUAUGUCAUCAAUUACUCCAAGCUCCGUAUAUGGGAGUUCGUGGAGUAUACCAAGAUGAUAUACUUGGACUGGGACAUCCAGGUGUUUGAAAAUAUAGAUCACCUAUUUGAUUUGCCUGAUGGGUACUUCUACGCCGUAAUGGAUUGCUUCUGCGAGAAAACAUGGAGCAACACCCCGCAGUACAAGAUAGGCUACUGCCAGCAGUGCCCUGAUAGGGUCAAGUGGCCUGCUGAGAUGGGUCAUCCCCCAUCUCUCUAUUUUAACGCUGGGAUGUUUGUUUUUGAGCCCAGCGUCUCCACAUACCGUGAUCUCUUGAAGACAGUCGCCGUCACUCCUCCGACAUCUUUUGCAGAGCAGGACUUUUUGAACAUGUACUUUAAAGAUGUUUACAAGCCACUUCCUCUGGUUUACAAUCUUGUUCUUGCAAUGUUAUGGCGUCACCAAGAGAAUGUGGAGCUUGACAAGGUGAAAGUCGUUCACUAUUGUGCAGCGGGCUCUAAGCCAUGGAGAUACACCGGCAAAGAAGAGAACAUGCAGAGAGAGGACAUAAAGAUGCUAGUGAAGAAAUGGUGGGAAAUUUACAAUGAUGAGUCGCUGGACUACAAGAAACGUGGUGCAGGAGAAGGUGAUGCGGGGCCAGUGAGCUUGCAGCCAUUUAUUGCAGCUCUCUCGGAGGCUGGUGCUAUUCAAUUCGUGGCAGCCCCAUCAGCUGCGUGAAGAUGGCAAUAGAACAGCGAAGGCAACGAAGUAUAUCUAUAUAGAUGUAUGGAUGAGCCGCGAGAAAUGGAUAAUAUACAGAAGAAAAAUCCCUAGACUCAGAACGUGUGGUUUUAUGUAUUACGUAAGUGUGUACAGAGGUACAUGAUGUGUUCCAGUGAAUUUUAUUUUUUUUUUUUGAAAUGGUAGUGAAAUUUUUAUAUGUCAUGAAUUUUAUAUAUAAAAUAAAUGAUAUUUAUUCA